CCUCAUUUUUUUGAUGUGCAGAGAAGAAAAACAAAACCCCAAAAAGAAAACAUCAAUCAGAAGGAAAAGAGAGAGAGAGAGAUGGAGAAUGCGAUUUGUGGGAGAAUGGGCCUCUCUCCCAACCAGGUCUUCAACCCGAAACCAGGGGACAAAUAUUCUUUUUGUAAAGGACCAUGCUCCAAUCUUUGUGUUCCCAUGGCCGUUUUAGCAACAGGACCUGGAAAAGGGGGAGGGCUGCUGGAAAAGCCAGUAAUUGAAAAAGUCGCCCCUGGCCGUGAAUCUGAAUUUGAUUUGAAGAAGUCACGGAAAACAGCACCACCAUACCGUGUAAUAUUGCACAAUGACAACUACAAUAAACGGGAAUAUGUAGUCCAAGUACUGAUGAAGGUCAUCCCUGGAAUGACCCUUGAUAAUGCAGUUAAUAUCAUGCAAGAAGCUCACUACAAUGGACUUUCAGUGGUAAUCAUCUGUGCUCAAGCUGAUGCUGAAGAUCAUUGCAUGCAUCUAAGAGGCAAUGGGUUACUCAGUUCAAUUGAACCUGCUAGUGGUGGUUGCUGAUGACAGGUUUCAGUUUAAAUCUCCCUUUGCUUUAGUAUGUGUAUAUAAGUUCCCCACUUGAAAGUUUAGAGAAACUAAAAAAAGAAAAAAGACAUAUCUUGUGUAAAACCUCAUCAUCUUAUUAUUAAGACAUGAGAUAGUUGUGAUUUUGAAUAAAGCAUUUCACAACACCUUGUCAAGUAUCUUAUUUGUAGGAUUCCACCAAAUAAUUGACCAAGUUUUUGUUUUUUAAAAUCAUGGGAUUUAAAUGUGAUCCUUUAGCAUAUCCGUUGAUGGAGGUGCUGAUCAAUAUACCAAAAAUUUGAUGUCUUUUUUAUUUCUUAGUGCAGGCUAAGAGAUAAAUAGUUAGGAUUAUCUUGUACUGGUACUUAAUGUUUA